AGGCUUCCCUCCGGAGCCCGCCGGCCGCCUGCUGCUGCGGCUGCGCUUCCCGGUUCGCUCGUCACCGCUGCCGCCAUGCCCGGAGGACUGCUUCUCGGGGACGUGGCCCCCAACUUCGAGGCCAACACCACCGUCGGCCGCAUCCGUUUCCACGACUUCCUGGGAGACUCAUGGGGCAUUCUCUUCUCUCAUCCACGAGACUUUACCCCAGUGUGUACCACAGAGCUUGGCAGAGCUGCAAAACUGGCACCAGAAUUUGCCAAGAGGAAUGUUAAGUUGAUUGCCCUUUCAAUAGACAGUGUUGAGGACCAUCUUGCCUGGAGCAAGGAUAUCAAUGCUUACAAUGGUGACGAACCCACAGAAAAGUUGCCUUUCCCCAUCAUUGAUGAUAAGAACCGAGACCUUGCCAUCCAGCUGGGCAUGCUGGACCCUGCAGAGAAGGAUGAAAAGGGCAUGCCCGUGACGGCUCGUGUGGUGUUCGUUUUUGGCCCCGAUAAGAAACUGAAGCUGUCUAUCCUCUACCCAGCUACCACUGGCAGGAACUUUGACGAGCUCCUCAGAGUGAUUAUCUCUCUGCAGCUGACAGCGGAAAAACGGGUUGCCACCCCAGUUGAUUGGAAGGAUGGAGACAGUGUGAUGGUCCUUCCAACCAUCUCUGAAGAGGAAGCCAAGCAAAUCUUCCCCAAAGGAGUCUUCACUAAAGAGCUCCCAUCUGGCAAGAAGUACCUCCGCUACACUCCCCAGCCUUAAGUCUUUCCAGAAGUUGGGGCUGCAGCUGCUCACUCAGCAUCAGGAACCAUGAGGAUGCCAGCUGCCAGUCAUGCCCCUAUAGCAAUUCCAUAGAAAGCCUGGUAUGAUCACAGCUGAGGUCGUUAGGUUGCUGUACUGCUGGCUUAUUAAAUGGAAAUGGCACCACAGUGUUCUUGGGAUUCUUUACUCUGUGCCUUCAUUAGCAUUCUGUUCCAUCAUCCAGUCUCAGCUCUCUGCAGGCUGGCUGUCAUUGAAAUAGAUUGUGUUCAAGCCUCAUAGAUUCUGUAUGUUGGGUCUCUGAAGGGUUUGUGGUCAACAAGAAUAGUACCAGUUGAUGGUUGAAGAAGCUUGCUUCUCCCCAUUACAGAAUUACCAAUUUUUGUAGCUUUCCCAUUGAAUCUUCUAUUACCCAUGUGAGAUUCAACUUCCUUGGUAAAUAUCUAAGUUAGUUCUUUAAGGAACUUACAGUAACUCAUAUAUUCUUUAAUAUUCUAUCUUUAUUACAGCGUGAGAAAAACACUUUUUGAUUCUGUACUUUUUAGUUACAUGGAAGAGCAGGGGGAGAGGUCUUUAAAUAUUUUGCUAUAAAAAUUAUGAUAACUUUCUAUCAAGGAGGCAGAAAAGGGAGGUGCACCAAGUGAGCAAGAUAGUACAUGCACCUCCCAAUAUUUUCAUAUAUUGGACUUCUUUCAGAUGAUGUAUACAUGUAAGGGCAGACCUUGUGAAGAGAGGAGAGAUGGUGGAGAAUGUUCUGUGAUUGAACUGUCCUUGCAGUAGGUUGCUAUUUUCAGAAUUUGGUUGUGUUGGGGGAUCGGCAAAUAAAAAAUCCUUUGUUGAAACUGGA